AUGAUCUCAACGUUCAAAGUCGUCUUAGGCAUUCUGGUGGCCGCACCAUGGAGAGUCGUGACGCAAGAAUACCCUGUUGUCGGCGUAAAGUCCGGUGUCAACAUGCGGACUGGUGAAAUACCUAUAAGAAGGAAUAUCAACAAUAUCUACGAAGAAGCAGGACCGCAAUGGGACCUCUACGUUGGAGCCCUCACAGCCAUGCAGGAUGCGAAUGAGACCGAGCCAACAUCGUAUUUCCAAGUCGCUGGCAUUCACGGUCAGCCGUACAUGGCAUGGUCUGGAGGCGGACCGCAGAGCGGUGCAGAAGCUGGAUAUUGCCCACAUAACCAAGGAUUGUUUGGCACCUGGCAUCGCGGAUAUCUCUUGCUUUAUGAGCAAUUGCUAGUCCGCUAUGCCAAGCGUGCAGCAGCCUCUUACCCGGAGCCUCAUAAGCGAGCAUAUGUUGAAGCCGCGGAGAGUUUGCGCAUUGCCUAUUGGGACUGGGGAGCCGACUCACAGGUCCCGCCCAUAACGGCGUUGCCGACUGUUGUCAUUCAGAAGGCUGUGGGCGGCACGCUGCAGCCAGUCGCGGUGCGGAACCCGUUCUACCGUUUUAUUUAUCCCAAGUCGGCUCCCGAUGGCGAUUUUGGCAGUUUUGAUGGACAGAACUUUACGAAACGCUGUGUUGGGGACGGUGAGAGCUAUCCCAACACGGCGAACGCGAAGCUUGCAGGGUACAACUUGAAGGAGAAAGUGUACAAUGUCUUCGUGAAAGCCACAUCCUUCGAUGAGAUGGUCACUGCCCAGAACCAAGGAGCCAACUUCGAAGGCCCCCACGGAGAAAUUCAUGUCGGGGCUGCAUGCGGACAGGAUCUCCUACAUCUAUCAACCUCGGCUUUCGAACCUUUAUUCUGGCUUCAUCAUGCAAAUGUAGAUCGUCUCAUCGCCUUCUGGCAAGCCCUUCAUUUCGAAAAUGCCACCAUGCAUUUCUCGUACGCCUCAUCCCAAAUGUUCGCCACACCAUCCGGGACUACCGUCACCCCGAAGUACCCCUUGUGGCCCUUCAUUGGAACGGGAGGCGGUCCGCUUACCAGCGAACAUGUGACACAUAUCCGUGACUGGGGGUACACGUAUGCGCCGAUGAGGUUCUGGGACCAGACGCCAGGAGAUAUCAAGAUGGCGGUCAGUAGGACGGUGAACAGCCUGUACGGCCCCCAGGAUCAGCAGUCCUCUUCCAUUAGGAUCAAGCGGCGCGCAAGGAUUCCGAGGAGGGAGUACGUUGCAAAAGUCGAGGUCGAGAGAAGCGAGCUAGAGUUGCCUUGCCAAGUGCAGCUUUUUUUGAAGGGCUCAUUGUUGGGAUCACUCACGUUACUGGAUAUGCCUAUGGAUGGAAAGAGUUAUGACGAGAUACCUUUAAACCGAGGUAUUGAGACUGCUGGCUUAGGAGUCCUUUCGACGAACGGCAUCCUUGGAGGGAUAGAAGACGGGCUGGAGGUUGUCAUUAGUAAGCUGGAUGGCACAACGAUACCGCUGGAUCGUGUUCCCAGCUUGAAGAUUGAGGUCGAAGACCAGGAGAUCAUGCCGCCGGAUUCUUUGGAUGAACUACCGACGCUAGGUGCUACGCGGAGUCGGCCCGCGAUGCCACGACCUCUGUCAGUUGAGUCCUAG